GUCCUGUUCAAGAGACUCAUGGGAAGUGCAAAUCUAGGCCAAGUGUCGCUGUUUAUGUCAUGCCUUGGAUUUUGCAACAUUGUUUGCAACUGGAUACCUCCACUUAUACUUUUGCUUACCGACAAAGAACAUGUGGAAGUAGCGUACAUACCUUGGGGACCAGUUCUCGGAGCAGCGCUGCUCUCUUUACUUAUCGACGUGCUAUUUCGACAUGUCCCGGCCACGGCUAGCUUCAUCGGCGGAACGUCACUUAUUAUAUUUUCCUUUGUUCUCAUCAUACUUCCAUAUGAACUUAUGUGCCGAGGGAGAGCUCAGACAACGCCUGAGAAAUACGGAAAUCCCAUUAUUCGAAUGCAGGAACUACCGGAUCAUAUCCAAGAAGUGUUUCGAUCUCACAUCAGUCACGGAUCUGUGCGCCAAAAUCAAAAAUAG